CAAGUUUGUCCUCCUCAAAAGAACAUUACCACCUGCCGCCGCCACCGCUAAGGUCAUAUGCUCGUUCUCGCCAUGAUGUGUGUACCACUUUUCACGCCCAAACAGAUGUGCGCGCUCCCUGCUCUCAGGAAUUCGAAUAUACUGACGCUGUAGGAACCGAAAGCUCCUCGAGCGGUCACGAACUCCACGACCGUCUUCCUGCUCCCCGGUUUAUCUUCAUUUCAAACUAAACCUGCACCUUGAAGGAAUUGUCAAGUUGAUCACACAAGCAACCAAGGAUAUAGCACUGUCGGGUUGAGAGUAAAAUGCCUGCUGUUUCCAAGGGAGACGGGAUGCGAGGCCUUGCUGUUUUCAUUUCUGACAUCAGGAAUUGUAAAAGUAAAGAAGCAGAGAUCAAAAGGAUUAACAAAGAGUUGGCCAAUAUCCGCUCCAAGUUCAAAGGUGACAAGGCUCUGGACGGCUACAGCAAGAAGAAGUAUGUCUGCAAACUGCUCUUCAUAUUCCUCCUUGGUCACGACAUCGACUUUGGACACAUGGAGGCCGUCAACCUCCUGAGCUCCAAUAAGUACACAGAAAAACAGAUUGGCUACCUGUUCAUCUCGGUGCUGGUGAACUCCAACAGUGACCUCAUCAGGCUCAUCAACAAUGCCAUCAAGAACGACCUGUCGAGUCGCAACCCCACUUUCAUGAACUUGGCUCUGCACUGCAUCGCCAACGUGGGCAGCAGGGAGAUGGCGGAGGCCUUCGCUGCAGAGGUGCCACGCAUCCUGGUAGCAGGAGACACGAUGGACAGUGUGAAACAGAGUGCAGCUCUGUGCCUGCUGCGCCUCAACAGAACCUCCCCAGACCUGGUGCCCAUGGGAGAGUGGACGGCUCGGGUGGUUCACCUACUCAACGACCAGCAUCUGGGCGUAGUAACUGCUGCCACAAGCCUCAUCACCACACUCGCCCAGAAGAACCCAGACGACUUCAAAACCUCUGUGUCUCUGGCAGUGGCUAGACUCAGUCGGAUUGUCACGUCCGCCUCCACAGACCUUCAGGACUACACAUACUACUUUGUUGCAGCGCCUUGGCUGUCCGUCAAACUGCUGCGACUCUUACAGUGUUACCCUCCACCAGAGGAUGCUGCAAUUCGGGGCCGCCUGACAGAGUGCCUGGAGACCAUCCUCAACAAGGCCCAGGAACCACCCAAGUCCAAGAAGGUGCAGCACUCCAACGCCAAGAACGCAGUGCUCUUCGAGGCCAUCAGCCUCAUCAUUCAUCACGACAGCGAGCCCACCCUGCUGGUGCGGGCCUGUAACCAGCUGGGCCAGUUCCUUCAGCACCGGGAGACCAACCUGCGCUACCUGGCCCUGGAGAGCAUGUGCACGCUGGCCAGCUCAGAGUUCUCCCACGAGGCCGUCAAAACACACAUCGAAACGGUCAUUAACGCACUCAAGACGGAGAGGGACGUGAGCGUGCGGCAGCGUGCUGUGGACCUCCUCUACGCCAUGUGUGACCGUAGCAACGCCAAACAGAUCGUGGCCGAGAUGCUCAGCUACCUGGAGACGGCCGACUACUCCAUCAGAGAAGAAAUUGUGUUGAAGGUGGCCAUCCUGGCUGAGAAGUAUGCAGUGGACUACACCUGGUACGUGGACACCAUACUGAACCUCAUCAGGAUCGCCGGAGAUUACGUCAGCGAAGAAGUGUGGUACCGCGUCAUCCAGAUUGUCAUUAACCGAGACGACGUGCAGGGAUAUGCUGCAAAGACAGUCUUUGAGGCACUGCAAGCCCCAGCCUGCCAUGAGAACCUGGUGAAGGUCGGCGGCUACAUCUUGGGAGAGUUUGGCAAUCUCAUUGCAGGCGACCCGCGCUCCAGCCCCCUGGUGCAGUUCGACCUGCUGCACUCCAAGUUCCACCUGUGCUCGGUGCCCACGCGCGCCCUGCUGCUGUCGGCCUACAUCAAGUUCAUCAACCUGUUCCCCGAGGUCAAGGGCACCAUCCAGGAGGUGCUGCGCUCCGACUCCCAGCAGCGCAACGCAGACGUGGAGCUGCAGCAAAGGGCCGUGGAGUACCUACGCCUCAGCUGCAUCGCCAGCACUGACAUACUGGCCACAGUACUGGAGGAGAUGCCUCCGUUCCCGGAGCGGGAGUCUUCCAUCCUGGCCAAGCUGAAGAGGAAGAAGGGUCCCGGAACCGUGCCUGACAUCGAGGAGAACCGCAAGGAGCGCAACGCCAACGUCAACGGAGGCACCAACCACACCAACGCUGCCGCAAAUGCCAAGGAGUCCCCCACCUCCUCCUCCCCCGUUGGGGACCUGUUGGCCCCGGCCCCCCCGACCCCCAUCCCCACCAACCGCCCGCGCCCAGUGUCCUCCGCCUCCCUCCUCCACUCCUCCCUCUCCCCCCUGGCCUCGGGCCCCCAGGCCUGCGCUCUCCCUCUAGCUGCCACCGCGGCCACACUCUACCAGGCUUCAGCAGCGGCAGCAGCUGUGUCCUCCACAGAUCUACUGGGCCUGGGCGGCUCAGCGUCGUCCCUGAACUCCACCCCUCCUCCGGCUGCCGCUCCCGCCGCCUCCUCCAGUCUCCUGGUGGACGUCUUCUCGGAGAGCAGCCCAGUGGUGGCAGCAGCAGCCUCCCCCAUCACCGUCCCUGCCACCGCUGCUCCUGUGGCCGACGACAAUUUCUCCAGGUUUGUCUGCAAGAAUAACGGGGUGCUGUAUGAAAAUCAGCUCCUCCAGAUUGGCUUGAAGUCAGAGUAUCGACAAAACCUGGGUCGGAUGUAUGUGUUCUUCGGCAACAAAACAUCGACACAGUUCCUCAAUUUUGCCUCCUCAGUUGCCUGCCCAGAUGGCCUUGCUUCUCAGCUCAAUGUGCAUCUGAAGCCAGUUGACCCCACGGUGGACGGGGGAGCUCAGCUUCAACAGAUUGUCAACAUCGAGUGCGUCUCGGACUUUGUGGAGGCACCUGUCCUCAACAUCCAGUUCAGAUAUGGCGGCACCCUUCAGAAUAUUGCAGUCAAGCUGCCAAUCACCCUCAACAAGUUCUUUCAGCAGACAGAAAUGACAUCUCAAGACUUCUUCCAGCGAUGGAAACAACUUAGCGCCCCACAGCAGGAGGUCCAAAAGAUCUUCAAAGCCAAGCAUUCCAUGGACACAGAAGUCACCAAAGCCAAGAUCAUUGGUUUUGGCGUGGCUCUGCUGGAUGGAGUGGAUCCUAAUCCCUCCAACUUUGUGGGCGCUGGAGUCAUCCACACAAAAACCACUCAGGUGGGCUGUCUACUGCGACUGGAGCCCAACAUGCAAGCACAGAUGUAUCGUCUCACCUUAAGAACUAGCCGGGACACGGUAUCACAGAGGCUAUGUGACCUGUUGUCAGAUCAGUUCUAAAAGAGAAUGCUCCGCGGCAGAUAAGUUCUGAAACGGAACACUCCGUGUCAGAGGAGUUCUGUAAAAGAGUUCUCCGUGGCACUUCAGCCCGACCCAUUGCCACUCCAUCCCAGCCCACAUCACUCCUGAGAAUCAUCUACUCUUCAACAGGCUUCCUGUUUUCGCACCAGUUAAAAGUUUAGCUCUCUGAAUGGCAACACCCUCCAACCAACCAACCAACCAGUUUAGCAUCCUUUGAUCUAUGUGUGUUUAAUGUACAGUGUAAAUUUGUUGUUUUUGUUUGUUUUUUACUUAAAAAGGGUGCUUUCUCACCACUUCGCUUUACUAACCAUCCACGGCUUUAAAAAAAAAACUCUACUCUUUAUGUCCAUGUGCACACAAAGGUCAAGAAAAUCUUGCGUUUUUACAGUUGGGAGGGUUUUUAUAUUGUUAUUAUUAUAAUUUUUAUUCUCCCAACACAGAAGCAGGGUUUUAUGGGUAUUUUAACUGGAAGAACGAGAUGUUCUAAUGUGGCCUCGUUGCCCCCCAUGCUGUGCAAUGACUGCAUCCAACUGUGCCUUCAUUGUUUAAUGGAAAAGACUGUUUAUGUUUGCUUUUAUAUGAACAAAAAAAAAGAGAAAAAAAAUAUGUGUAAACUGUACAUGCACUAAUGAUGUAGACUCUCUCCACAAAGUGUUUUAUUCCCUCCAGUUACUGUUUUACAAAAAGAAAGAUUGUGUGGUUGUUAGGCAGGAUCAUCUCCCAAGAGUCUGCAGUUUUAUCAUCAGUGUUGUCUGUUGCUUUUGCUGCCUCACCUGACUGUAUUUUAAGUACCUUAAGUAUAUCUUCCAAAUGCGUCUUGAAAACAAACAACUCUUGGUAGUCUGAGGCACUUACAAGUGAGUCUUGUAUUUAAGUUUACUGAGGAUUUAAGUGUAGAGGCGUCAAUCCCUAACCUGGUUCUCGCCAAAAUGUAUGUGGUUUCGCAAAGCUUUGCCAAGGCAGAACCCAUUUAUCUGGAGAGAGCCAAGUUACUCAAGAAAGUAAAAUACCCUGCCACAGAUGUGAUCCAACCAGCUCAGACUCAGCUGGGCGUAAUGAGCACUGAAGACAAGUAGAUCAGCUACUUGGUGAAGUAAGGAGACCAUGGCAGGCUGUUUCCUUUAUUAGCCCCACAUUAACCCCCUCUGAUGAAGUGCCUCUAUGGCCCUGUGGCCCCCUCUGAUGACUAUGUUUUUCCCAAAGCAUACAGGCUUACCUUUUAAGACACUCCAUUGCAAGUGUUUUGCCACACAUGUAAUGAUCACAUAGUCACCUAAGUUAAAUAAAAAGAAUACUCUUAUCUCACUGUCUUAAGACAUAAAUGUUUAUUUUUUUUGUAUUCUCACUCAUGUACUGUCUCCCCAUCAUGACCACAACCAUAAAGACUGUUACACAACAUUUAUAUAUAUAAUAUAUAUGACUCCGUAGUUGACUCUGACUCAAACCGAGACUGUGUAUACUCAAGAAGAGCUUAGGGUUCAUGUGUGAGGCUAAAUUACACAUUUCCUGAGGAGUAUUCCAAGAGAACAUGGUUCAGUGAUAAACCUGGCUAAGUUAACCUACAGGUUCAGUGGUAAACCUGCUAAUAGAUAGCCCACAGAUGUCAUUUAGUUCAGUAAAUGGACACUCCAGGCUCUUCUAUUGGAUGAUUUAGCACUACCUCAAGGUUAACUGAACCUGGUUUACUACGACUCUGACAGGUUCUGGGAAUACUCCCCUGGCCAUCAAAGGGCUCAGGGCUCUUCGACCUGCUUUGCCACUGGCUAAAUGUGCUGUCUCUGCAGGUACCAUACUGGCUAGCUAGGCCACUGCCUGUUACACCUGUGCCUUCAAGUUGUGUGUGUAUGUUUUGGUUAUUGAUUUUAUUUUAUCUUUGUGCGUGUAUUGUUUUUGUAUGUGUGUAUAAAUGUGUAUAUACACCCAAACCUCUGCUAUACUUCCAAGCAUAUCACAGGUUUUGUCAAUUAAACCAGUGUUACACUUUU